AAAAAUGGUCACUUUCACCUUCUGUUGAAUCAAGAAAAUCCAAGAAAGAAAAAACUAUAGAGGCAGAAUUUAGUAAUAUUUGUGAUUUAGUCAAAUAUUUACAAAAUAGUAAAAAAGAGGUUAUUACAUCAAUAUCUAUUUCAAUCAGUAUUGAAAAUGCACUUAAAGAAAUAAUUAUAAAAGAGGAUGAAGUUAAUCUAUGCAAUAUUAUUAAAUACUCUCUAGAUAAAUCUUUUGCAGUAACUAAGAAACCAGCAAUAUAUGUGAGAGAAUCAUACAAGAAUCUUUACUAUCUAAUGAUCAAUCAAGCAUCUAAGGGUUCUGAUCACAAGUUUCUUGUCACCAGUACUUCAGUUGAGUCAGAUUCAUCUGCAGUUGUGCAAAAAUUAGAGUCAGAAGUUGAAUCACCAGUAACAGAUGAUUCAAAGUCUAAGUCUAAAAAAAGGUCAAAGCUUAAAGAUAAAGAGCCUGCCUCCUUGUAA